AUGGACUUUUCCUACUUCUUCUCGUCGUCCUCGGAGAAGAAGUCCUCGAAGCGCCGCCAGCAGCAGCAGCAGCAGCAGGACAGUGGCAACGAGACGAGGUACCUCGGGGUGAGGCGGCGGCCGUGGGGCCGGUACGCGGCGGAGAUCCGGGACCCGGCCACCAAGGAGCGGCACUGGCUCGGCACGUUCGACACCGCGGAGGAGGCCGCCAUCGCCUACGACCGCGCCGCCCGCAACCUCCGCGGCGCGAACGCCCGCACCAACUUCGCCUACCCGGACCUGCCGCCGGGCUCCUCCGUCACCCCAUACCUCUCCCCCGACCUCUCCGCCGACCAGCUCCAGCACUACUACGCUAACCCCCUCGUCACCGCCGCUCAGCCGACGCCGCCGGCCUGCGGUCAGCCCGCUCACGGCGGCGCCGGCGGGGAGGCCUACCAGUACCACGUGCCGGCGGAGAUGUCGUCCUACGGCUCCGUCGAUGCUUCGAUGGCCUACGGCGGGAACGGCGCCGGGAUGGAUAUGUACUUCGACGGCGGCAGCGGCGCCGCCAGUGGCGGUGACAGGGCGUGGUGCGACGCGUCGGAGCUGGACUUCGGCGGCUACAACGACGACGCGGCGGCGGCGGCCAACGCGUCGCACGGCAUGUACUUCGAGGAAGGGUAUGUGCACAGCCCUCUGUUCUCCCCGAUGCCGGCGGCCGACGAGGUCGACGGGUUCCAGCUCGGCGGCUCGUCGUCCUCGUACUACUACUGA